ACCAUUCAUUUCAGGGAUGCUGCUUGGUGGUGCUUAUUCAUUUGUCCUUUCUUCACUUGUUCAUAAACAUUUAGUCACACCUACUAAAUGGAUGGGGCUCAUUCUGGACUGCGAAGCUCUUGGAGGGCCUGCCUCACCGCCCUCCUGUCUGCUCUCUGUACCAAGGGACGUGAUGCUCAUUCCAUCCCUCCUCAGGAGGCAGUAGUCUGUGGUGAGGCAGACUCCCUUCAGCUGCCAUCACUGUGGACUCAGCUCUGGGUCUAGGGGCGAGCACGGGAAUGGAGGAGGAGGUCAGUCCAGUGUAGGGAUAAGUUCUUCUCAGGGACUCGGACAUCCAUCCCUCAAGACCCCAGUUCUUGACCUCGGGGAUGUGGAUGCAACCCUCUCUCUAGCACCCACCUUGGGGGUAUAGAAGGAUUCAGAUUGCACUGAAAAUCAGGAGUUCUGUGUUCUUGUUGCAGCUUUGCUGCCUGAUUUUCUGCAAGCUACCUGCCCUGCCUGGGCCUCAGUUUCCCUCCCUAUUGAGCCAGGUCUCUAAAGCUCCCUCCAGAUCUACCCUGAGAAACUAUCUCUUCACCCCAACUCCUUCCCUAGUUCAGAGAACCCAGGCAUCCAGCUGCCCCGCCCCAGCUCUGGGUAAACAGGAAGCUGGGUGAGGGGAGCAGGGGUGUGUGGAAAGUCCCAGCCAGGUGUGUGCGUCUAUGGGGAGGGGGUAGCCCCACCCCUGAGAUAUGAAAGCCCCCCUGCCUGGGCCCUGGCUCAGUUUCCAUGGGGGCACUGGGGCUGGAGGGCUGGGGGAGGAGGCACCAGGGGAAAGGCUGCCUCCUGCUGGCUGUGGCAGGAGCCACUUCCCUGGUGACCCUGCUGCUGGCUGUGCCUAUCACUGUCCUGGCUGUGCUGGCAGUGGUGCCCCAGGAGCAGGGAGGACUGGUAACAGGGACCACUGAGCCGGGGGCACAGGCACAGGCCCAGCAGCGAUUGGGGUUCCAGGAGCUGCCAGAGCAGGAUGCAGAAACAGAUCCCAGCCCCAAGCUCCCGGCUGCCCACCUCAUAGGCGCUUGGACGCAGGGGCAGGGGCUGGGCUGGGAGACGAAGAAAGAAGAGGCGUUCCUGAGAAGCGGGACACAGUUCUCCCGCGCGGAGGGGCUAGCCCUCCCGCGGGACGGCCUCUAUUACCUCUACUGUCACGUCGGCUACCGAGGCCGGGCGCCCCCUGCGGACGGGGACCCCCUCGGCCGCUCGGUCACGCUGCGCAGCCGGCUGUACCGGGCGGGGGGCGCCUAUGGACCCGGGACUCCGGAGCUGCUGCUCGAGGGCGCCGAGACGGUGAGCCCAGCCUUGGACCCCGCCCGGAGACUCUGGUAUACAAGCGUGGGGUUCGGCGGCCUGGUGCAGCUCCGGAGGGGCGAGAGGGUGUACGUCAACAUCAGUCACCCGGAUAUGGUGGACUACAGGAGAGGGAAGACCUUCUUUGGGGCUGUGAUGGUGGGGUGAUGCCCGCCCCGUGUCCCGGGGAAAACGACUGCAUGGUGGGAGUGUGUGAAUCAGCCCAGAUAUUGGGGACCCAGAUACCAGGAACCCUGUGACUGUGGGAAAAUGUAGGAGACUGUUUGGAAACUGAUUUUGAGCCUGAUGAAAAUAAAGAAUGCGAAGUUGUAGAGU